AUGCAUGCACAACACGAACAUGAGCUGCAGCUCACUAACUCUCAUCAAAUGUUCCAGCCUGGCAACAUCCCUGGUGUUCUACCACAAGAAAACUAUAUGGGUCAUGCAAAGCUGUUCACAGCUGAGCUUCAAGUACCCACACAUUCAUCUCCACUAAGUUUGCAUAAGGAGUUACAUGCUAGAAGGCUUGUAGGAGCGCACAAGAAGGCCUUAGAUGGACAAGCCAACAAAACUAGCAUGGCGCAAUGUGCGUCCCAUCUUGAAAGACUUGAGAUGAAAGAGAUUCUUCAUGCAGCCCCUCAGGUUUUCUUCUCUGCUGCUGAUGAGGAGAUAGCUGACAGGUUCCAGGCUCUGUACAGAUUCCGUCUGCUGUUGCGGUGCUUUAGAAAAUGGUGUGCUGGACUCAGUUCUCUCACUAAAGCCCGGCUUUAUCGCCAGAGAAGGAUUCUCAGCAAAGCUCUGUUUGCUCUCCAGCAAGCUGUUCUGCUUCGGCGUGCUCAGGUGGACACUGCAAAGAGGAGGCAGAAUGCACUGAUGCUCGCACAGGCUUUUCACAAGUGGAAAGAUUGCUAUGAGAGGAGACAGCUGGCGAUGCUGGACCCUGACAGUGGCACUGAAGGCCACAUUGCUGCGUUAAGAAGAAGACUUGUUAAGGCCAGUGAUGCACAACCUCUGAGGACUACCUACUGUGCCUGGAGGAGCCAUGGCCAGCAGAUUCACAGAGCAGCCGUGAUUCACCACCAUCUGGAAGUGCUGUGUAAGCACUGGUUGCUGUGGAGACAGGCCUGGUUGAAGCAGCGCUCCAGAUCUCAGCAGCAGCUGCAGGCGUCCGUGUGGCGUGAGGAGAGGCUGCGCAGGAGGGCCUGGACUGCAUGGCUGUGGGUCUGGCAGAAAAGACAGCGAACCACACACCUGCACAGACUCGUCGUUCAGCGCUGGCACCAGUACACCCAGAGGGCCUGGCUGAGGUGCCUUACACAGACAGCAGAGCAGCUUCUGUCCAUCCGUACUGUAUCAGCAACAUUCAAGAGAUGGAAGCAAGCAAAGGAGAUGAGGGAGGGCAUGCAGAGACUGUGCCACCUACAGGACAGAGGGAUACUGCAAGCUGCCUUUAGGAUAUGGCGGCAUGGCUCACGGGCGAGAGAGCAGGCAAGGAAGAUACAAGAAAGGAGGCAAAAGGCUUAUUUAGCAAGGUUUUUUUCCACUUGGAGGAAGCUGUUGCUGCAAAGAAGACUGUCUGUGCUAUUCUGCAGAGAACAGAAGAUUUUCAGAGCAAGAAGCUUCUUCCUGCAGUGGAGAAGAGCUUUGGAACUGCGCUUGCUUCAAAAGCACGUACUCGUCUUCUUCUUUUUCAGGAGACAGCAGACGUCCCAGCGCAGCAGUGCAGUGCAGGGUGAGCUGAUGGCUGUUACAGUGGAUCUCUAUGGACAGGAGUCUUUCUGUUCAGUGGAGGAGCUCUGCACCAGGCUUGUUCUCCAGAAUGCUUUCUAUAUUUGGAGAGAGAGUUUGAAGAAACAGCAGCUUGCCAGAUGGCAUCAUACAGUGCGUGUUAGAGAGAAAAUGAGAGCUGAGCUUUUGAAGUGGCACAGACUCGCUCAGGCUGAGCUUUCUGACAGAGUGCUGAGCUUCAGAGAAAGGCUGGCACGGUUUCACGCCCCCUACUCCUCCGGCCUCCUUAGCUCCUCUGGCCUCGAUCAUUCUUUGCGCUACACAGGCCCAGCAGGACAGCAGGUCACACUGAAGCGUUGCACUAACAGCUCCGAGCCAGACCCUUUAGAACUGAGAGGGUGCUCCAGGGUCAGUUUACCAGCGAGAGAGCAACGCUGCCCUCUACAGGCCUCAUCACCACUGGACAAGAUGAUCACACGAGGACAUGAUGCAGAGGAAUCAGGAGAUGUUGGGAUUUUCUCUUAUCCACUCCAGAGCUGUGCUCAUCCCUGCAGAGGAGAGACCGUAGCUCUGCGCGUGCUGGUCAGAUUGAUGCAGCCUGACCUGAGCCUUGCCUUAUCUCAGUGGAGGGCUCUGCUCCACUGCAGCAGGCAGAUGAAACAGCAGGCUGACCUGUUCACAAACAGCCGGAAACUGACUGGCCUCAAGCUGGCCUUCAGGACAUGGAGAAAUCACACAGAAAUGCAGCACAAGGCUGUCCAGCACAGGGAGAGGGUGCUGCUCUCUAGCUCUCUGACCCGCUGGAAAAGGUUGAUGUGGUGGAGACACAGAGAACACAGCCUACAGCAGCAGGCCAUUCACCUUCAUCGGACCAUGCUAAUCAAACACUGCUUUUCAGCCUGGCACACACAGGCUGUUUCUGUUCUGAAGAGUGGGCUGAAACAGGUGGAGCGGAGGGUGGAGAAACGUCUCCUCAGCUGCGCUUUCUCAACAUGGACAGCACGUGGGAGACAGCACAACUCCGUCAGUGCAUUCUGUGCCCGCACGCUACUGAGGAAGGUAUUUGCUGCAUGGCAGACGUGUGCGCAGUGCCAUAAGGAGAGACAGACUGUAGCUUUGUGGUUUGUGCAGCACAGGCUCUGCAGCACUGCUUUCUCUCAGUGGAGGAGCGGCUGGACUCGACAGCAGCUUGCCAGUAGCAGGGCCAAUCACACACUCCACCUGAGGGCCAAACACAUGCUGUGGGGCUGGAGAGAGUACACACACAACAGGUGUCGCAUGCAUGUCCACCUGUGUGUGUUCAUAGAGGAGAGAGAAAGAGCCUUGAAAAGAAGAGCUCUUCUCAUCUGGCAGCAAGCAGUGGAAAAUUUAAACAGAGCCCAACAGUUUUCUCGAAGAGCUCUACUCUGCAGAUGCUUUUCUAAGUGGCUUCGUGUGUCCGAGAAAAACAGAAAGUUGCUCUGCAUCUCACAAGAGCUCCAAGAAUUCCAAGUUCAACAGCUACAGCAAAGCGCCUUCUCCCUGUGGAAACAACGCUUCCUCCACGAUCACUCCCAAAAGCAGCGUCUCCGCACACUGAUCAGCAAGUGGACAGCGUUUAUAUGGUUACGGCGUGCUGCAAGACAUCGAGACCAGUGCGUGCUGACCCAUAGUCUGCAGCAAUGGGGAAGGGAACUGUACAUAAAGAGGAAGAGAAGGGAGACAGCACGGAUAGCUCUACACAUAUGGAGACAGCUCGUCUUGCGAGGCAGAGUUGAGAGAGAGCGAGUACACAACGUCCAGAAACUGAAGCUGACCCAUACAUUCGUAUACUGGACUAGAGUGGUCAGAUUGAGCAUCAAGAGCAGAGAUCAUCAUGCACAGAAACAGAGAAGGAGACUGCUGCUGGCCUGGCACAUUCACACAGUGACAGCCCAGGGAAUGCGCUACAGCGAGGCCUGCUUCCAGUACAGCAUUGAGCUCAGGGUGGUGAGCUCUUGUUUCAGCCUGUGGAGAAGGGUGCUGAUCCAGACCCAGAGCUGGCAGUGUGUCCUCGAAGACCGCCUCAACCUCCAUUACAGCAGACUGACAGCACAAAUCUUUAAGCACUGGAGAUCAGCCACCACACAACGCAGCACAGCCAAGAAAAUCAACACAGCUUUACUGCAAAAGUGGUAUGUGUGUUGGCUGCAGCAGAGAGAUGCACUUAGAACAGCCAACCAGUUUCAUGCUCAGAGGCAGAAAGAAGCAACACGGCUAGUUCUAACAUCUUGGUCAAGAUGGGCUAAAGAGCAUAAAGGCUGCAGGCAGAUGGAGGAAGCUGUGCGUCUCUGGUUGGAAGGCAGGCGAGUGUGUAUGUUAUUCCAUCAAUGGGUUAAAGCAUACCAGCAGCACCGGGUGGCCUGCUUCAACAGCCAAAAAGGCCUUUUACACAGGUCGUUCUGCGCAUGGAGGGCUGCUGCCGUGGAGACAAAGCAGAAGUGUCAGACUGCUGAGGUGCAGCUACAGCGAUUUCAAGUCAAAUCAGCUUUCAGAACUUGGAGGUGGGCUACAGCAUCCCAUAAGGCUGUGCAGUCCCUUGCAUGGCGGAUGAGGGAGGCAGACAGGGAAAGGCUUCUAAAAGCUGUGUUCCAAGCAUGGCACCAUGAGAUAAUGGCCCAGAAGCAGCGUGAUCUACACCUUAGUGAGAAGUUUUUUUCUCUUUGGGUUCAGGAAGUUCAGAGAAGACAGUCAGAAAGGCUGCUUCAGGCGAGAUUGAGGGCUAAGUUGCUGAGACGCUGGCAUUGCAGAGCGGUGGAGCGAAGAGAACAGAGAGAACUAAUUUGUCUACACUGGGCCUCCUGGAAGAGCCAGACUGCUGUCUCACUACUCUACACACAACAACAUGAAAGUAAAGUGCUACAGAGAGCAUGGCUCACCUGGAGAAAGAGGCGUAUCAGGAACAAAGUGGUUGCUGCCUACACUGCCAGCCUUAAUAGAUCCCUGCUGUUGAAGGCUUUUCGUUUAUGGUGGAAGCAGGCCUUGGUCUUAGGCUUCCUGCCCAGCAGAGCUCCAACUCGCUCCUACUCCCUGUGACUGACUGGCCAAGAGUGGCAGAACAUGCUGGACUGCAGUUAACUUGACACCCUCAUUAAACCUCCUGGAAGCUACAGAGCUGUUUAAACUUUAACUCUUAAUAUCAUUACAAACAUACAACUGCAAACUCUGCCUUUUAAAUAAAA